AUGUCCACAGCGACGACCGCACCCGACGCGCUCGACGCGCUGCUCGAGGUUCUCAGAGGGGGAGAAGCAGGCAGCGGUGUACAAUGGCUAGACUCGUCGGGACAGCCAGUCAGCGCGGGCCCAUCCAGCGUCUCUAUCCGCCUAUCCGGCGGCUCAUCAAGCAAUGUUUUUCCUCGAGACGCACCUACUCGUCUCGCAAGAGAUCGACCUACCAUUCUCUCCUCCAACCCCCUUCACACCCCUUCAUCUUCUCCUCAUUUAUUCCUUGCAUUGGAUAUCUUGGCUUUUGCAGCGUUGGAACCGGAAGAAUCCAAUGCUGCAUAUCUGCUCAAGGCUAAUAAGGUCAUGCCUGGUAGAUUCUUGAACGCUACCACCAGACCCGCCAUCCUGGCUUAUCUGAUCAGGGGCGAAGGUUGCCCGCUUCUGCUCAGCAAGGAAGAAGCGGAAAGGCGAAAAGUGGCACUGGAGAGCGGUGAGUAGCAAAGCUCGCUUGUAUGCAGUAGAGCAGAACAGGGCAGGUCAUCCGCAUCCUCAGCAUUGGCGGAACAAACACGGCGAGACGGCCAACUGACCAUCCUCCUCCCUGACGUGCACUCCAGCCGGCCCAUCUACCACUCCGCCCGGUUCACCUCCUCCAUCCGUCGUCGCACUCUACAGCGGUGGUCUCAGCGCAGGAGCGGGCAGUGCGGGAAGCAGCAGCACGCUGAAGCGGGCUCGAGGUCCCUACGUUGCUAACGCAACCGACGCGGCCUUCGUCAAGCGUCUGCGCACCUCUGGUCUAGAGGUCCAUCUGCGCACACGCUCCGACGUCCUUCGAGGCUCUGUAGGAGGCAACGUGGUCGACUUCUCCUCCAUUCGAGAAAGCAUUUCCGGGCUCGUAAAGAAUGCCACUGGGGCGCACGCUAACGCCCAAGGAGGUGUGGGGGGAAAAGCGAAUGGAUCCAAAGCGCCUGCUUCUCAAAGUGCUCACAGCGGCAUCAAUAGCUCUAUCAAUCCAUCGGGCGCGCAAAAGAGAAGGAGGGGCGAUCCGAUCAUUCUGCUUUCGAGCGCUCCUACAGCGCUAGUAGGCUUGUCCAACAUCGAAUCUCUUCUUGGCAAAUCGCGCUUCAUAACGCAGCAAGAAGCCAAAGCUGGUGGGAUGGCACCUGGCAUAGAGGGUAUGAUCAGUCUUUACCAUCCCAUCUCUUCCAGCGCUGGUGCGGCUGCUUCCACGAAAUCUGCAGCGAGCGCGGGAGGCAGCACGAACCCCGCGCGCGGACAAAGGUUCUUGGUGGUGGAUUCCGUAGAGGCGCUCGGUAGAUUGGGAAGCGGAGCGCAGGACGCCUGGGAUAGGGUCGUAGCAGUCUUUACUACGGGUCAAUUGUGGCAAUUCAAAGGGUACAGGACACAGGAUCCCAAGGCGCUUUGGAGAGAGGGUGAGUGGCGAAGGUGCAAGACUUGGAUCCUCUUUGAAGCAUAGAGAGGCCAUCGCGACGACGGUAUCUUGCCUGACAGAGAUGGAAGUUGGGACUGGGAGAAAAGCUGCGGAUCUUGUGAGGAGGUUGUACUGACGCGGACCCAUCGCUUCUUCGCGACUCUCCCCUUGCUUGACCUCAUGCGACUUCCGUCUCGCCACGCCUUCUGGACCACCCUCUCGGUGCACCUCUUUGCCACACACGACAAAAAGUGAUGGGAGUUUACGUGCGCUGGAGCAACGAGUCGCGCAAUGGCAACGUCAAAGAUUGGAACGUGACCGAGCUAGUGGUAAGUCUUGCGUCUCAUUCGGACUUUUCCAGCGAGUGAGUGCUCGCCUUGCUGACGCAUCGAUGAACACAUUGCCCCAAUUUGCAAUGCUUUGGACAUACGCGCGCUACAACAGGUGGAUCUGCACAAGAGACAUUUGGAUAAACAGCUCUCUACGCAAUUUUGGAGAACUUUGGACAGCUGGAUGGCUAGGAACAAACCGGAACUUUUGGGCAAUCCGACGAGUUCUAGUGCGAGAUGA